CACACAUUGUAUGAGAUUUAGUCGAUUUAGUCUCAGAUUUGCAUUCAUUUGACAAUCAAUUGAUUUGAAGUGACAUUUGUCUCAAUUUGCAAACCAUUGAUGUCUAUAACAAAUGGAUAUCAUAAGAAAGCAGACCUCAAAGGAGACACCGGAGCAGAAGAAGGCCAAAGAGUUGGACGCGCUUAAGAAGGAGGUCCACACAGACGCCCAUUCACUUCCUUUGGAUCAACUUUUGGCCAGAUAUGGUGUCCAGAGUGUAGACACCGGUCUGACCAGCGCUCAGGCCAAAGAAGCGUUGGCCAGGGAUGGCCCCAACGCUCUGACACCACCCAAACAGACACCCGAAUGGAUUAAAUUCUGUCGGCAAAUGUUUGGCGGCUUUGCGCUCUUGUUGUGGAGCGGAUCCGUCCUCUGCUUCUUCGCGUACGGCAUACAAGCCUUUGGUUCGGGCGAUUCGACCCGCGAUAAUUUAUACUUAGGAGUGGUGUUGGCGGGAGUGGUGGUCAUCACCGGUUGCUUCUCCUACUAUCAAGAGGCCAAGUCUUCGGCUAUAAUGGAGUCGUUCAAGAAUAUGGUUCCACAACAGGCGUCAGUGGUUAGAGACGGCCAAAAGGUGACCAUAAUUGCCGAGAAGGUAGUGGUCGGCGAUAUCGUCGAAGUGAAGGCCGGCGACAGAAUUCCCGCCGAUAUUCGAGUUGUUAAGGCCCAAUCCUGUAAAGUAGACAACUCUUCACUGACUGGUGAAGCCGAGCCACAGUCUCGUUCACCGGAACAGUCGAGCGAAAACCCACUCGAGACCCGCAAUUUGGCCUUUUUCUCGACCAAUUGUGUCGAAGGGACGGCCGUUGGGGUUGUGGUCAAUACCGGCGACCGCACUAUUAUGGGCCGAAUCGCGAACUUGGCCUCCGGUCUGAGAGUGAACGAGACGCCGAUAUCGCGCGAAAUCGGACACUUCAUUCACAUCAUUACAGUUGUGGCCAUCAUUUUAGGCGUUUCCUUCUUUAUCCUUGCGCUGGCAAUGGGUUACUAUUGGUUGGACGCCGUUAUCUUUCUCAUCGGCAUUAUUGUGGCCAAUGUUCCCGAAGGACUGUUGGCAACUGUGACCGUAUGUCUGACACUUACGGCCAAACGUAUGGCCAGUAAGAACUGUUUGGUGAAGAACUUGGAAGCGGUGGAGACUUUAGGCUCGACGUCCACCAUAUGUAGCGACAAAACAGGAACUCUAACCCAAAACCGGAUGACAGUCGCGCACAUGUGGUUUGACAACAAUAUCAUGGAAGUGGACACAACUGAGACACAAACUGGCGUUCAGAUAGAUAAGACGUCUGCCGGUUGGCUAGCAUUGAGUCGGGCCUGUUGUCUGUGCAGUCGCGCCGAGUUUAAGGGCGGACAGGACUCCAUCCCUAUUCUUAAGCGUGAGUGUGCGGGCGAUGCGUCCGAAUCAGCGAUUCUCAAGUGUAUGGAAAUAGCUGUGGGAAAGGUAUCGGAGGUCCGCAAAAGAAAUGCCAAAGUGGGCGAAAUCCCGUUCAACUCGACCGACAAAUAUCACGUGACAAUACAUGAGACGGAAGAGGACCGGAGCUAUUUGUUGUGCAUGAAAGGAGCGCCCGAACGCAUUCUGGAGCGCUCGGGCACUAUAUUCAUCAACGGAGACGACAAGCCAUUGGAUGAGGACAUGAAGAAAGCCUUUACUACAGCUUACAAUCGGUUGGGAGGUCUGGGCGAACGGGUCAUCGGUUUUUGUGAUCUAAAACUACCGGUCGAUCAGUUUCCGCACGGGUUUGCAUUCAAUAUGGAAGAGCCCAACUUUCCGCUUCAAAAUCUCCGGUUUGUGGGAUUAGUGGCGAUGAUAGACCCGCCCAGAGCUGCCGUACCGGACGCUGUGGCCAAAUGCCGGAGCGCAGGCAUUAAAGUGAUUAUGGUUACCGGCGAUCAUCCCAUCACUGCGAAGGCAAUUGCAAAAGCAGUCGGUAUUAUUUCAAAGGAUACAGAGACUGUAGAGGACAUGGCCUUAAGGCAGCACAAAGAUCCCAAAGACGUGAACCCUCGGGCGGCCAAAGCGGCCGUAAUUCACGGCCAAGACUUGAAGGAUAUGACUGCCGAACAAUUGGAUGAUUUGCUGAGAAACCACUCGGAGAUUGUGUUCGCGCGGACAUCACCGCAACAGAAGCUCAUUAUAGUAGAAGGCUGUCAACGACAGGGCGCUAUUGUUGCCGUCACUGGCGAUGGUGUGAACGACUCGCCGGCGCUUAAGAAGGCCGACAUUGGUGUGGCGAUGGGUAUUACCGGAUCCGAUGUGUCGAAACAGGCGGCAGAUAUGAUACUAUUGGACGACAACUUCGCGUCGAUAGUGACGGGUGUAGAAGAAGGACGGCUUAUAUUUGAUAAUUUGAAGAAAUCGAUUGCAUACACAUUGACGUCAAACGUACCAGAAAUCACUCCAUUCCUCAUCUUUAUCAUAUUCAGCACUCCGUUGCCUUUGGGAACGAUUACAAUACUGUGCAUCGAUUUGGGCACAGAUAUGGUUCCGGCCAUUUCGCUGGCCUACGAGAAGGCAGAGAGCGAUAUAAUGCAACGCAAACCCCGGGACCCGAAGCGCGAUAGACUGGUGAAUGAGAGGCUCAUAUCGCUGACGUACGGCCAGAUCGGAGUGAUACAGGCGGCCGCCGGCUUCUUCACAUACUUUGUGAUUAUGGCUGAAAACGGUUUUCUCGUUAACAAACUUCUCGGUCUUCGCAAACACUGGGACUCUAAAGGAGAGAACGACUUGACCGACUCUUACGGUCAGGAGUGGACGUAUAUUCAGCGCAAAACGCUUGAGUUCACGUGUCAUACGGCGUUCUUUGUGUCGAUUGUAGUGACCCAAUGGGCAGACCUUAUCAUCUGUAAGACACGGCGCAACUCCAUUGUUCAGCAGGGAAUGGACAAUCAUGUGCUCAACUUUGCGCUCGUCUUCGAGACAGUUGUGGCCGCCUUCUUGUGCUACUGUCCCGGAAUGGAUGUAGUGCUCCGUAUGUACCCAUUGAAGGUGAUGUGGUGGAUGCCAGGCGUGCCCUUCGCUAUUGUCAUCUUCAUCUACGACGAGGCCCGACGGUAUCUGAUUCGCCGCUAUCCCGGCGGUUGGGUUGAACGCGAGACCUACUAUUGA